AUGCCCGGCAAAGAAGCAAGAAUGGCCGACACCAGCAGCAAGCAUCGCAAGCGUCGUGUGAGCGACAAGUCCUCUGACGAAGACACCGACGGAGAAUUUGAAGACGAGAACGGCGCCACCCAGAUCAACAUGGACCAGCAGCAGCAGCAGCAGCAGGAGGCUGGCGGGGAUGCCAACGUCGUGGAGCUGGAGCACGAGGUGGACCUCGCCAGUGGCAGCAAGAUCACGCACGUGACUGUGUUCCAGGAUCGCGCAGAGGUCACCCGCGAGAUCCCGCUCAGUUUCGGAGCGCCACUCACCGCCAGCGAUGGCACACGCGAGAAAAACGUGCGCCACCUCUUUCACCUGCGCGGGCUCUCCGCCAAGAUUGGCAACGAGGCGUCUAUCCGCGUCCGCGGCGUCGGCAACUUCACCAUCGUGUCCAUGGCCAGCUUUCACACGCCGGCCCAGACAAAGCUCUCCGAGGAAGAAGAGCGCAAGCUGGAGGAGGCAACCGGGGUCGUCAACACACCCAAGCCCCUGCACUCGGAGACGCAGAGCGAGCAGGCCGCCCGGCAGGAGCGCAUCACCGAAGCCGAGCUCAAGCUGGAGGAGCUGCAGCAGCAGCAACAAGUCUUGGCAGAUUCGCGGCACUUCAUGUCCAGCUACGCCGCAUGCGUGGUGUCGGGCAAGCUGGCGCACGCGGACGGCAGCGAGGCCAUUUCGCAGCUCAUGCUGCCUGACAGCGCGUUUGGCGUUGUUGACACGUGGCAGGAGCGCGCCAGCGCCCUUGUCACCCGCACCACCACCGUGAAGAAGGACGUGCUGGAGGCAGAGGCCGCGCUCAAGGAGCUCAAGGACGAACGCGACCGCCUGCAGGCAGAGCACGACAAGGCGGUGGCGGAGUGGCAGCGCAAGCACGACGAAGCCAAGGCUGUGGUGGAUGGCCUGACAACCCGCCCGCUUGCCGCCCGCCGCGACGCCACUGUGGUCAUCCUCCCAGGCGAUGACGGCGAUGAUGGUGAUAAGCACUGCCUCACAAUGCAGGAAGAUGACGAUGAUGAUGAUGAUGAGGAAGAGAAGGAGGAAGAAGAAGAGCAGCAGCAGCCCAAGCUGAUCCUGUCGUAUGUGGUGUCUGGUGCAGAGUGGCAGCCGUGCUACGACCUGCGGGCCAACCUCGCCACCAACGACAUUGAGCUCCACUACCACGGCAAGGUCAUGCAGAACACAGACGAGGUGUGGAGCAACGUGCACCUCACCCUGUCCACGGCAAAGCCUGCUGUGGGUGGCCAUCCGCCAACACUCAAGUCCGUCAACGUGCACGAGUACCGAGCACCACCGCGUCACAGCAGCGUGUAUCGCGAUACAUUCAGCGCCAACUACUCGCUGGCUGAAGCUGAGAGCGCCGCACCCUCUGCUGUGGGUGGGAUGGCGUCCGCCAUGCGGAGGAAAGUUGGUGGCCGCCGUCGCUCUGCCGCUGCCCCGCCGUCACCAGCGCCUGUGGCAACAGCGAGUGUGUCGCAGGCGUCCACCAGCCUGGCCACGACCUUCACCAUUGCCGGCCGCACGACUGUGACCAACACGAACAAGAGCCAGCGUGUUACGCUGGCCAUCAUCAACCUCAAGUCGCGCAUGCGCUACUACUGCGUGCCGCGCCUGUCCGAGAGCGCGUACCUGCAGGCGUACUGCACCAACAACAGCGCCUACCCGUUCCUUCCCUCUGAUGCAGUCAACGUGUUUGUCAACUCCAACCUCGUCACCACCACCAAGCUCAAACUGGUCGUGCCCGGCGAGUCGUUCUCUGCCUUCCUCGGGGUGGACUCUGGUGUGCGCGUGACAUACAAGCCCGCGCCGCAGACAGACGCGGUUGUGCGAGGCCUGUUCUACGGAACCACCCGCAAGCAAGAGAUGAAGGCGGCGUGCAUCAUCGAGAACCUCAACCCGCGGCCGCAGGUGGUGGUGGUCGCCGACACCCUGCCCACGUCGCAGCACAACAACAUCAAGGUGAAGCUGGUGCAGCCAAGUCCCGACGAGGUGGAGGAGGACGAUAGGCAGCAGGUCGACGACACGAUGUGCGGUGGCGGUCUCACGGAAGCCGUGAGCGCAGCAACCAAGGGCGCGCCAAGUGUGGUGCGCAACAAGUACACGAACAACCUCAUCUGGACGUGUUAUCUGGAGAGCCGCAAGAAGGAGGAGCUCAACCUCGAAUAUGUCAUCGAAUACCCGCAAAGCAUGUCCAUUGAAAUGUCAUGA